AUGCAGCCUCCUCCAGGUUUUGAUGGUAUUAAAGGCAACAUGGUUUGUAAGCUACACAAGGCAAUCUAUGGAUUGAAACAAUCCCCAAGAGCUUGGUAUGCCAAGCUCAGUUCAGUUCUAGAGAAGGCUGGAUUCCUACGAAGUAAUACUGAUUCCUCAUUGUUUGUAAGAACUGGCACCAGUGGGAAAUUGGUGGUGCUCAUCUAUGUAGACGAUCUCAUCAUCACAGGAGAUAGUGUUGCUGAAAUUGAGGCACUAAAAGUCUCGAUAUGCCAAACAUUUGCUAUCAAAGAUCUGGGGAAACUAAAGUAUUUUUUGGGCAUAGAAAUGGCAACCUCUUCAAAGGGGCUAUUUCUACAUCAACGGAAAUAUGUAUUGGAUCUUCUUCAGGAAGCAAAAAUGCUUGAUUGCAAACCUGCCAUCACUCCCGUGGAUUCUAAACUAAGGCUCAACACAGAUGGAGAAGCCAUGCAUAAUGUGAGUUACUAUCAACGAUUGGUGGGCAAACUUAUAUAUCUCACCAUCACACGUCUGGAUAUCACAUAUGCAGUGAGCCUGGUAAGCCAAUUUAUGCAUUCUCCUACAGUUGAUCAUCUUAACAUGGUUAAGAGAGUUCUGCGUUAUCUCAAGGGUUCGAUAGGGCAGGGAAUCAUCAUGCGUAACAACAACUCCACUGCCAUCAGUGGCUACACUGAUGUAGAUUGGGCAGGGAAUUCUCUUGAUAGGAAAUCUACCACGGGUUAUUGCACGUUUGUUGGUGGAAAUCUUGUCACUUGGAAGAGCAAGAAACAACAUGUGAACUUAUAUGGCUUAAAGGGCUUCUUUCAGACUUAG